UAGUUUCUACGGGACCCUUCUUCCGCUUAAUACCAUGAAUUUGUCUAACAAAUCGGGUUGGAUUCAACUCGAUGAAUGUAGAGGAUAUGCCAGCAAUAUCCAGCAAGCUGAAGAAGUCCGCCAGACAUUUGAGGUGUCUAAGAGAUCAACAUUUGUUUCAUACAAAACAGUAUUGAAUUUUGGAAAAAAUGACAAAAUACCAGAAAAGUACAGAAUACGGUUUUCCGAUCUUGGAGAGGAGGUUGUGCCAUAUGAUGGAACGCCUUUCAUUAUAACAGGCAGAAAAGUAAACAGCUGCAUUUUUGGGAAGGACAAACAUGUAGCUGAUAAAAAAAAGAAACAACAGGACAAAGCCAGUAAUCUUGAGUGCGGUGUACAGGACCACCUGUUGUCUGAAAAUAAUGUGUCUACUAUAGGGCGAUCUCUUGAGUUCAUAGGGCGGUCUACAAGAUCCCCUGUUAUAUGGACAUUGAAAGUCUGCUAUAGAUUGAUAUAUUGA